CAUUCAUGUUUUGUCCGUUAACGCGAGCGGUUGGUGAUCUAGAUAGAGGGUUUGGAGUUAAACGUAAAAAUUGUAGUGCAAAAAUACAUAUGUAUAUACAUACGUAAAUAUACACAUAUACAAUAUACAUAUAUCAUACAUAUACGAUAUUAAGAAAGAUUUAUGACAAUACAAGAAUAUUGCGAAUUGCAUAAAAAAUUGCUAUCGAGAUCAAAUGAAUGAAAAAGUCGGGGACUUUUAAUUAUUUCAAUUCGAAACAAUUAACGGAAUUUGAAGUGCACCUACCAUUCAUUUGUAUUUUGUGUUAUUUGUGAAUCAAGGAAUUAUAACUGUGUAUGCACAAUGGAAGAAAAUGUUGGGUCCACAACACCAACAAGUGAUAACCGAAAAGAUGAACCAGCCGACUUUGAGCACGCCAUGAAUGCAACAGGUUUCGGGCUAUUCCACUUAGUUUUGCUUAUAGUUGGUAUAUUUGCCGCCUGCGCUGCUGUGUUUGAAACAACCACAAUGUCAUACAUACUACCAAUUGCUGAGUGUGAUCUCAAAAUGACUCUUUUUGACAAAGGAAUUUUAAAUGGAGCUACAUAUGCCGGUAUGAUAACUUCCGCAGUUAUUUGGGGCUAUCUCGCAGAUACUGUUGGGAGGAGAAAAGUUCUGAUUUACGGUUAUUUAAUUGACGCUGUUUGCGUACUCUGCAGCUCCUUGACGCAGAAUUUUGAAAUGCUUGUAGCAUUUAAAUUUUUGGGCGGCUUCAUCGUUAAUGGUCCUGGUGCAGUACUGCUAACAUAUUUAACUGAGAUGCACGGCUCCGAGCAUCGACCACGAGUUCUUAUGGUUUACGGAAUGGUUAUGUCUUUGGCCACACUUAUAAUGCCACUGUUAGCAUGGGGAAUAUUCCCACGUGAUUGGAAAUUCGUAUUGUUCAAUUAUUUAAUAAUACAUCCUUGGCAAAUAUUUUUGGCAGUAUGCAGUAUACCAAGUGUAAUCGGUGGAUUAGGACUAAUUGCUUUACCUGAGAGCCCGAAAUUUCUCAUGUCUCAAGGCAGAAAUGCUGAGGCCCUUCUAGCAUUCCAAAAGAUUUAUGCUGUUAAUAACAGAACAAGCAUGAGCGCUUAUCCAAUCAAAGAGCUGGUUGAGGAAGUUCCGAAUCGUACCUCGAAUGUUAAUGAGCAUGUUUUUACCAUAGAAAACAAACCAAUUAAGCCGAAAUACAAACGUGAACCCAGAACAUUCUCACAAGCUUUUAAGGAAGGUAUCGAACAGAUUAAGCCCAUGUUCAGAAAGCCUCUAUUGGGUCACUCUCUUCAUGCGUAUGCAAUGCAAUUCUUUAUUUUACUUGGUUUAAAUACCAUUCGACUGUGGCUGCCUCAACUUUUCGCAUCCAUCGCUGAAUACGAAGCUCUAGACGGCGCUGAUUCUGGCUCAGCGAACUUAUGUGCUAUUCUCGAGUACAGCGUAAAUAGAACAUCGCUCAUUUCAGAUUUUCAGGACUCAUGCGCACAACUGCCAAAAGUGUCAAUAGAUCUGUACACGAAUAAUAUUAUCGUCGCCUUGGUCGGUUUGGUGGCGUACUCUUUUGCUGGUAUAAUUGUGCGGGCUGUAGGAGCGAAGCGUUUACUGAUUUAUGGGCUCUUAAUAUCUGGAGUCCUCGGCAUAGCACUCUAUUGGUCAGUAAAUGGGCUUUCUACUCUGAUUAUAUCAUCUGUGUUUUUAGCAGUGUCGGCCGUAUCAACAUCAUCUCUAUUAGGAGUGGUACUUUCCCUUUUCCCAACCUCUUUACGAUCGCUGGUAGUUGCAAUAGCAAUGAUGUUUGGCCGGUUAGGCGCUUUGUCUGGAAACAUGUUAUUCCCUGUUUUUAUGGAAAUGGGAUGCAUACAACCUUUCCUAAUGGUCGGUGGUGUAUUGCUUGCUGCUGGUGCUUUAGCUUGCAUUUUACCAAACUCCGACGAAAUUACCUUAAAGUGAAAUGGUUAGAACGAUGAAAGUGUUGGAGUGAUGGCUAUUUUUUUACAUAUAUACAUACAUAUGUUUUUAGAAUAUUACAAAUUGCACUCGUAUGAUUAAACUGAAUUAUGGAAAAGUUUAGUUGAAAACAAUCAGAUUUCCUUUAAUUCUAUGUAAACUAAUUUUAUUUACGUAUAUGCGUGUAAAUAUCUAAAUCCGUAUUGAUUUAUAAUUGUGUAUUUGACUUAACGUAGUAAAUAUAAUAAUGUUUUGGUUUUAAGUUCAUAGAUUAGGUUUUAGCUAUACAAAUGGUAUAGCACACGCACAUGGUUUGGAUUAUUUUUAUAGAAAAUAUUUUUUUUUGAAAUAUGUAUAUAAGUAAAUAUAAGCAAUUAAUUUAAUAUA